AUGCAGUAUGAACUUCAUGUUCUUGAUCUUAUGAGUAUAUAUCUAUGUCAUUAUCUUAUUGUUGAAGAUGAAGAUUCCCUUCUUCCAAAGGAUGAAGUCGAUAGAGCUACCCUUUGCCAUCAAGGGUAUCAUCAGCUUAUUCUUGAUGAAGAAGUUGGACUUAGAUGUGAAUUUUGCCCACACGUGCAACUGGAAAUCAAGUAUAUUGUACCAGAUUUUAGUAUAAAUCCUUUUAGAAAAUCAGACAGGAGAGACUCAGGUGCAAUGAACAACUCCAUCAUUGAUGAGCUUAGGUCUCAAGACUGGUGUGGUGAUUCCCUCUCUAACUGUGAUCCCCAACUUCGAGCUGAAGGCACUGUGUGGGACAUCAUUCCUGGUAUAAAAAAUAGUUUGUAUCCACAUCAAUGUGAAGGUUUUGAAUUUAUUUGGAAGAAUAUAGCUGGAGGAAUUCAUCUUCAGAAGUUGAAACAUCAAACGACUUGUGCUGGUGGGAGUGGCUGCAUUAUAUCACAUGCUCCUGGGACAGGAAAAACCCGUUUAACCAUUGUUUUUCUUCAGACAUACAUGAAAUUACAUCCAACAUGCAGGCCUGUCAUUGUUGCUCCUCGUAGCAUGCUCCUUACAUGGGAAGAGGAGUUCCGGAAAUGGGAUUUUGACAUCCCAUUUCACAAUCUGAACAAGAAUGAGUUGUCAGGCAAGGAAAAGCUGAGGCAAGAUGGACACAUGAACAUAAGUGUAAUCCGUAUGGUAAAGUUGUAUUCCUGGAAAAAGGAUAGAAGCAUCCUGGGGAUCAGUUACACACUGUUUGAAAAGCUUGCUGGAGAAGUUAAUAAAAAGGGUAAAGUAAGGACUGAACAAGAUAAUCAUUUCAGGAAGAUCCUUCUUGAGGUUCCUGGUAUUGUAGUCCUUGAUGAAGGGCAUGUUGCUCGCAAUCCUGAUAGUCGUAUUCUGCAGGUUUUGUCAAAUAUAAAAACGGAUAAGCGCAUCAUCCUUUCGGGAACUCCAUUUCAAAAUAAUUUUUAUGAGCUUUAUAAUACGCUAUGCUUGGCAAGGCCAGUGUUUGAAGACAAAGAAGGUAAAUGGUUAUCUCUUACGAGUUCCAUUACUAAAGUCACUGAUGAUAGACUGAAAUAUGAGAAACUGAGGAAGGUUAGAGAUAUGAUUCAGCCAUUUGUUCAUGUACACAAAGGUUUCAUACUACAAGAAAAACUUCCAGGGCUGAGGGACUCUUUGGUUAUAUUACAGCCAUCCCAGCUGCAGAAGAGCCUCUUUGAGGAACUCCGUGAUCAUUUUGUAAGGUCCAGCUUCAAAUUUGAUCAUUAUGAAUCUUUGAUUUCUCUCCACCCUUCACUGUUGCUACAGUGUGGAGAUGACAGUUUUCCUUCUGACAAGCAUAAAUUAGAAAAAUCGAAUCUUGAGGCUGGAGUCAAAGCAAAAUUUUUAAUUGAACUCAUCCGUCUUUCUGAGGCUGUGAAUGAAAAAGUUUUGGUUUUUAGUCAAUUCCUUGAACCGUUAGCCUUUAUAAAGGACCAGCUUAAGUAUCAUUUUAAUUGGAAUGAAGGAAAAGAGAUGUUGUAUAUGGAUGGAAAGCAUAGUAUGGAGCAGCGCCAAUCCUCAAUUAAUGUUUUCAAUGAUCCAACUAGUGAAGCAAGGGUAUUAUUAGCAUCAAUAAAGGCAAGCCGUGAAGGGAUAAAUCUGGUUGGGGCUUCAAGGGUUGUUUUACUGGAUGUGGUAUGGAAUCCGUCAGUUGAAAGGCAAGCUAUAUGUCGUGCAUAUAGGCUUGGGCAGAAAAAGAUAGUGUACAUAUACCAUCUCAUUGCGUCUGGUGCAAGGGAAGAAGCAAAGUAUUAUCGACAAACUGAGAAGGACUUGUUGUCUGAGUUAGUAUUCUGUUCUUCUGGCAGGGGUUGUGAUCAGCAGAAAAUCUCCCGGACAGUGUCAGAUGAUAAAAUUUUGGAGGAGAUGGUUCAACAUGAUAAACUUAAGUAUAUGUUUGAAAAGAUAGCAUACCAACAGAAAGAGUCUAAACUGAUUGAGACUUAUAGCUGGUUGGAGAAAGAACCAGUAACAUCCUCACCGUCUAGUCCUUGAGGCUGAAUUUAUUUUGUGUUUUUUGGUUCUAGAAGUCCGGUCGCAUUAUAAAGCUAUCAAAAGUUUUUGUAAACAAGUGUAUUCAGUGAAGUAUGGUAAAAUUAAAAUGGAUUGUUUCAUACUUAGUUUGCAA